AUGCUGACAAUAUGCGAGACUCUCAUAGGGCUGGUUGUGUUUCUCCUGAUAGUGCAGUUUCUGAAGUUGCAAUGGGCACAUAGACGCCUUCCUCCGGGACCAACCCCAUUCCCCAUUCUUGGAAGCUUGUGGCAGCUGAACUUUAAAGUUGAUCAUGACAGCCUCAAUAAGAUGGCAGAAGUUCAUGGCAACAUCUUCACUUUGUGGCUGGGACACACCCCUGGGGUCGUGCUGCAUGGGUUCCAAGCAGUGAAGGAUGGGCUGAACACCCACCUUGAAGAGUUUUCUGGACGGCUGGAGACCCCUGUCUUCAAACGAUUGGCAAAUGGAAAGGGUAUUAUGUUCUCAAGUGGUCACACCUGGAAGCAGCAGAGACGCUUUGGGCUGGUGACCCUGCGGAACCUGGGGCUGGGCAAGAAAGGCCUGGAGCACCAAAUCCAAGAGGAGGCCCGUCACCUGGUGGGGUACUUUGAGACUGUGAAAGGGAAAUCUCUGGAUCCUUCUGUCCCCAUUGUUCAUGCUGUCUCAAAUGUGAUUUGUGCUGUGGUUUUUGGACAUCGCUUCUCCUUAGAGGAUGAAACCUUCCACCAACUGAUUGAAGCCUUCGACUGUAUAUUGGCUUUUGGGAACAGUUUCCAUUUUUUGCUGUUUGAACUUCUCCCCUGGCUCAUGCAUCAUCUCCCAGGGCCUCAACAGAAGGCAAACUCUUGCUGUGAGUUUGUGCGUUCUUUCAUAAGGAAGGAGAUCAGAAGCCACAAGGAGAGAGGCAUACCAGACAAACCACAGGAUUUCAUUGACUUCUAUCUGGCUCAGAUAGCCAAAGCUAAAGAUGACCCCACCUCUACAUAUGAUGAAGACAACAUGAAUCAGUCUAUUUUUGACCUCUUUCUGGCAGGUACAGAGACCACAACCACCACUCUGCGCUGGGCACUGCUCUAUAUGAUGGUUUAUCCCAACAUCCAAGAGAAAGUCCAGAAGGAGCUGGACACUGUGUUGGGUCCCUCCCAGUUAAUCUGCUAUGAGGAUCGAAAGAAACUGCCCUACGCCAAUGCCGUGAUUCAUGAGAUCCAGCGUUACUGUAGCAUUGUUUUAAUUGCGAUCCCCAGAGAAAGUGGGAAGGAUACAACGCUGCAGGGCUUUCCCAUUCCAAAGGGCACCCUCAUUCUGCCAAAUUUAGACUCUGUCCUCUUUGAUCCUGAGAAAUGGGAGUCUCCUCGACAGUUCAGCCCAAGUCGUUUCUUGGAUAAGGAAGGAAAUUUUGUGAGCAGAGAAGCUUUUUUACCAUUCUCAACAGGGUCCCGUGUGUGUUUGGGGGAGCAGCUGGCAAGGAGUGAGCUCUUCAUCUUCUUCACCAACCUGCUGAGGGCGUUCAAGUUCACCCUCCCACAGGGAGUGAAGGAAAUCAGCACAAAGCUUGUUUUGGGGAGCACAAUGCAACCCCAGCCAUAUAAGCUCUGUGUUGUUCCUCGUUAG